AUGACCACGGACCUCAAGGUCAGCCUCUGGCAGCUUCAAGCUCCAGAGGAGGCACGGGACCAAUUUCAUCUGGCCAGACUGAACUGCAAGAAAUUUGCUUUUGUGCAUGUGGCUUUUGCACAGUUUGAGCUAUCACAAGAAAAUGAGAAGAAGUGUAAGCAGAUCCUUCAGAAAGCUGUGGAGUGCUCUGCUGUUCCUCUGGAAUUGUUGGAAACUGCUCUGCAAAACUUACAUUUGAAAAAAAAGCAGUUACUCUCAGAUGAGAAGGAGAACUUUGCAGUAUCAAGUACACAGGAGUCUGGACUUCAGAAUAUAGGUGGAAAUCACAGAAGCUUAAAAAAGAAUGAUUCUAGUGAAAAUUCUUCAACUAUUAACAGAUCUUUAUUUAGGGAAGAGAAGUCACAGGAGCUGAGUGCUCUAGUUAAUUACCACAAUCCAUUGAGACCACUAAACAAAUCUAACCAGAUUUGCCCAUUUGGGAGGAUUCCUAUUACCCUGGUAUCUGAUGAUGGUGAUGACAUGGAGGAUUCAGAUCUCCCACUCACGGCCAGUGUUACAGAGAGGCAAAUGUCCAGCUCCAAACAAACAGCCUUUGUUGCACCUUUUCCACCAUCAGAACCAAAACCUUUUGGGCAUGAUUCGUGCAGCCUGAGAGAUUUGCAGUCCUUACAAGAAAAAACAGCUUUACAGAUGUUGGAUGAGGGCAGCUCAGAAACAGCUACCAAUUCAACUGUAACUCUCAAAACCAAAAUGGAUGCAAGUCUAGUGACAAAAAGAGCAGAGAGUAAAGUUCAGCAUCUGGAGCUGAAGACACCAGAGCCCAGGAGUCUGGAAAGUCAACAACAACAAUCUAGUUUUGGUGAAAGCUAUAGAAAGCAGUUGGAGCAGAUCAAACUAAACUGUGUUAAUGCCAGAAAAAAAAUGCCAGCUCAAGAGGUGUCACAGAAAAGCUGCUAUGGAGAGGGAAAACAAAUGAACAUUGAACAGUCUGGUAAUCCUGUUUCAAGACGAUCAUCACCAUCAGAUGCUGUUUCUAAGAAAAGUGACCCAUUGCAUGUUUAUGGGACACCAAGCACCACAUCUAAUGAUUAUAUGGCCUGUUUCAGCACACCAGUUGUAAAGGACAAGUUUCUGCCAGGAUGUCAAAUUUCUACUCUCUACAGCCAGUUCCCGUAUUACAUACCACAUACUCCAGCAACUCCAUUUCAAAAUCAAGUUGGCUUGCAGGUUCCAGCUUCUGUACCUUCACAUGAAUGCCUUGUCAUCAAUGGAAGAGUUUAUACAGUGUUAAAGCAAAUAGGUAGUGGAGGCUCAAGUAAGGUGUUUCAAGUACUGAAUGACAAGAAGCAGCUGUAUGCUGUCAAAUAUGUGAACCUAGAGGAAGCUGAUCAACAGACUGUUGAGAGCUAUAAGAAUGAAAUUGCUCAUUUGAGUAAACUGCAGCAACAUAGUGAUAAGAUCAUCCGCCUUUAUGGCUAUGAAAUUACUGAUCAACAUAUCUACAUAGUAAUGGAGUGUGGAAAUAUCGAUCUCAAUAGCUGGCUUAAAAAGAAAAAAAAGAUGGAUCCACUGGAACGAAAGAGCUAUUGGAAAAAUAUGCUGGAAGCUGUUCACACAAUCCAUGAAUAUGGCAUUAUUCACAGUGAUCUGAAAACAGCAAACUUUCUGAUAGUUGACAGAAUGUUAAAACUAAUUGACUUUGGCAUUGCAAACCAAAUGCAGCCAGAUGUGACAAGUAUCAUUAAGGAUUCUCAGGCUGGCACAAUGAAUUAUAUACCACCUGAAGCAAUAGAAGAUAGGUCUUCCUAUGGAGAAAAUGGCAAACCUCGUUCUAAGAUAAGUCCCAAAAGUGAUGUGUGGUCACUGGGCUGCAUUUUGUGCUGUAUGACAUAUGGAAGGACUCCGUUUCAGCAUAUAACAAAUCACAUCAAUAAAAUGCAUGCUAUUGUUGAUCCAAGCUAUGAAAUAGGGUUCCCAGAUAUUGCUGAGAAGGAUCUUCAAGAUGUGCUGAAGCACUGUUUAAUAAGAAAUCCUAAAGAGAGAAUUUCUGUUUCGGAGUUGCUGGUACAUCCCUAUGUUCAAAUUCAAAGUCAUUGUCCAACAGGUAUUCCAAAUGCAAAAGGAACAACAGAGGAAAUGAAACGUAUCCUUGGCCAGCUUGUUGGCUUGAAUUCUCCCAAUUCUAUUUCUAGAGCUGCAAGGACUUUAUAUGAACAGUGCAGCAGUGGUAAGACUCUUGAUGUAUCAGCAUUUGCAAAACCUGGGAGUCAAAAAACAUGGACAACAAAAUGAUGUGCUACUGUUCAGGAAGCAACAGAUGUCUGGUCUGUUCAAAAAGUAUUUUGUGCUGCUAGCUUUUAAAAGGACACUCAGCAUAAAGUUUGCAUUUUUAUAUGUUCGUUGUGUUCUUUUGAUAAUGAUUUCAGGUCAUUAAAAAGAGCUUAAUUGAAUGCUUUUUACUGUGGGCUCUUUCACUCCUUGCAUGCUGCUUGGGUUGAGCAACAACAAUGGCUACUUGGUGAUUAUGGUCUGUGUUACUUACAAAGCACUACAGUGUCUGGAGUACACAAACUUGUAUGAGAAUCUUUUAAGAGGAGAUCUUAUGAGAAGCUAAUAUAAAAAGUUCCCCAAAAAUGCCAACUGAUGUACAUGAAAAACAUGGAAUACCUUUGCUAACAAG